UGACGGAAAUAUUCAAGAAUACUUGGUCCUGGACAGGGUGAAAAAGCUCUGUAGAGGAUAAGGAUGGCUUCAUCAAUGAGGGAAAAUGAGCUGGUGAGGUCUAUGAGCAAAAAGCCGAGCUUUUCGUCAGCUAGCAGGAGGGGAUCUUGGGCUUCAGCAAGCCUUCGCGAGGCAUUUGGUGCACCAGGAGGGGAUGUUUUCGUGAAAAGCGGAAGGCAAGAUGAUGAAGAUGAGCUGAAAUGGGCUGCAAUCGAGAGGCUUCCUACUUAUGACAGAAUGAGGAAGGGAAUCUUGAAGCAAGUCUUGGACAAUGGGAGAAUUGUUCAUGAGCAAGUUGAUGUAGCUCAUAUGGGAAUGCACGAAAAGAAGCAACUUAUGGAAAAUAUACUAAAUGGUAUUGAUGAAGAUAAUGAGAGGUUCCUUCUCAGGCUUAAAGAUCGUAUCGAAAGGGUUGGAAUCGAUAUUCCAAAAAUCGAAAUCAGGUUUGAGCACUUGUCGAUUGAAGGAGAUGCGUAUGUUGGCAGCAGAGCGCUUCCAACACUGUGGAAUUCAACAAUCAACUCAUUAGAGGGACUUCUUGGGCUUGUUAGGCUUUCGCCGUCUAAGAAGAAAUCUGUCAAAAUACUGGAUGACAUUUCUGGAAUUGUAAAACCAUCUAAGAUGACACUGCUUCUUGGACCUCCAGCCUCCGGAAAAACUACGUUGUUGAAGGCACUUGCAGGAAAGCUGGAGCAAGAUCUUAGGGUAAAGGGGAAGGUCACCCACUGUGGUCAUGAACUCAAAGAGUUCAUUCCUCAGAGAACUUGUGCUUAUAUCUGCCAGCAUGAUCUUCAUCAUGGUGAGAUGACAGUAAGAGAGACCUUGGAUUUCUCGGGGCGUUGCUUUGGAGUUGGUGCCAGAUAUGAACUUCUAGCUGAGCUCUCGAGACGAGAAAAAGAAUCAGGAAUUAAACCAGACCCUGAGGUAGAUGCAUUCAUGAAAGCGAUAUCAGUGGCUGGGCAAAAGACCAAUUUGGUCACUGACUCUGUUCUUAAGAUACUUGGACUGGAUAUUUGUUCUGAUACAAUGGUGGGUGAUGAAAUGAGAAGGGGUAUUUCUGGUGGACAAAAGAAGCGUGUAACGACAGGAGAAAUGUUGGUUGGACCUGCAAAAGUUUUCUUGAUGGAUGAAAUCUCGACUGGCCUUGACAGUUCAACAACAUUUCAAAUAGUCAAAUAUAUGAGACAGAUGGUUCAUAUCAUGAAUGUGACCAUGAUUAUCUCCCUACUUCAGCCAGCCCCAGAAACCUUUGAUCUAUUUGAUGAGAUUAUCUUGCUUUCAGAAGGGCAGGUUGUCUACCAAGGUCCACGUGAAAACGUUCUUGAGUUCUUCGAGAGUGUUGGAUUUAAAUGUCCUGAAAGGAAAGGAGUUGCAGAUUUUCUUCAGGAGGUUACUUCCAAGAAAGAUCAAGAGCAAUACUGGUCCAAGAAGAACGUUCCGUAUCAAUUUGUGUCAGUACGUGACUUUGUUGAGCACUUCAAAUCCUUUCAUCUCGGGCUAAAGCUUUUCGGUGAAGUUCAAGUUCCUUAUGACAGAAGUAGAACCCACCCUGCAGCAUUGGUGAAAGCAAAGUAUGGUAUCUCUAACAAAGAACUCUUUAAGGCAUGCUUAUCAAGGGAGUGGUUGUUGAUGAAACGCAACUCCUUCGUCUACAUUUUCAAGACUGUUCAGAUCACCAUCAUGGCUAUCUUUACAUUCACUGUAUUCUUUAGAACGAAAAUGAAGCACGGUGAAGCAGAAGAUGGAGGAAAAUUUUAUGGUGCACUGUUUUUCAGCCUUCUCAAUGUGAUGUUCAAUGGCAUGGCUGAGCUUGCAAUGACUAUUUUCAGACUACCAGUCUUCUUUAAACAACGAGAUGCUUUGUUCUAUCCAGCAUGGGCUUUUGCUCUUCCAAUUUGGCUCCUUAGGAUCCCCAUCUCACUGAUGGAAUCAGGAAUAUGGAUCCUCCUCACAUACUACACUGUUGGAUUUGCACCUGCAGCUGACAGGUUUUUCCGGCAGUAUUUGGCCUAUGUGGGAAUUCACCAGAUGGCGUUGGGACUCUUUCGUUUCAUUGCAGCCCUUGGAAGAACACAAGUAGUGGCCAACACUCUUGGUACCUUCACAUUGUUGUCAGUUUUUGUCCUUGGUGGAUUUAUCAUUGCCAAAGAUGAUCUCCAACCUUGGAUGAAAUGGGCCUAUUACCUUUCCCCCAUGUCAUACGGACAGAAUGCAAUAGUUCUUGUUGAGUUUCUUGAUAAAAGAUGGAAUAAGGUAAAUGAGCUUGAUCCAAGCUUUCAAGGGAAAACAGUUGGAAUAGAGCUUCUUAAAGCCAGAGGGAUGUUCACAGAGGACAUUUGGUACUGGAUUUGUGUUAUUGCACUGUUCUCGUUCUCAUUGUUUUUCAACCUCUGCUUCGUUGCAGCACUCACAUACCUAAAACCUCUUGGAGAUACUAAAUCUAUUAUGGUGAAUGAAGAAGACAGUCAAAACAAGGAAAAGAAGAUGAAAGUAACGCCGCAUGAAGGUUCAGGAAAGAACACUUCAGAAGAUAUAAAUUCAAACAGUGCAGCCAGUGCAACCAACAAAAAGGGCAUGGUGCUGCCCUUCCAGCCUUUGUCCCUUUCAUUUGAGCAUGUGAAUUACUAUGUUGAUAUGCCUGCUGAAAUGAGAAGUCAAGGAAUUGAAGAAACGCGACUCCAGCUUCUACGAGAAGUAAGUGGUGCUUUUAGACCAGGUGUACUAACAGCAUUAAUGGGUGUGAGUGGUGCUGGAAAGACUACUUUGAUGGAUGUUUUAGCUGGAAGAAAAACCGGUGGAUACAUUGAAGGGAGUAUCUGUGUUUCUGGCUAUCCAAAGAUUCAAGAGACCUUCGCUCGAGUUAGUGGCUACUGUGAACAAAAUGACAUUCAUUCUCCACAUGUCACUGUUUAUGAAUCUCUUCUAUACUCAGCGUGGUUGCGUCUUCCUUCAGAUGUCAACAACGAAACUCGAAUGAUGUUCGUGGAAGAAGUGAUGGAGUUGGUUGAACUUACAUUAUUAAGAAACUCUCUUGUUGGCCUUCCAGGAGUUGAUGGAUUAUCGACUGAACAAAGAAAGCGGCUUACUAUAGCCGUGGAGUUGGUUGCUAAUCCUUCCAUCAUCUUCAUGGAUGAGCCAACAUCCGGUCUGGAUGCUCGAGCUGCUGCAAUCGUCAUGAGAGCUGUAAGGAACACUGUAGAUACCGGGAGAACAGUAGUUUGCACAAUUCAUCAACCAAGUAUAGACAUAUUUGAAUCAUUCGAUGAGUUAUUCUUGUUGAAGAGAGGAGGACAAGUCAUUUAUGCUGGACCCCUCGGUCGCAAUUCUCAACACUUGAUAGAGUAUUUUGAAUCUGUUCCCGGGGUUAACAAGAUCAAAGAUGGAUAUAAUCCUGCUACUUGGAUGCUUGAGGUCAGUGCUGCAUCCGUUGAGACUCAGUUCAGUAUAAACUUUGCAGAAAUCUAUACCAACUCUGAUCUAUAUAGGAGAAAUGAAGAACUGAAUAAGGAGCUAAGUACUCCAGCACCAGGGUCAAAAGACCUGUACUUCCCUACUAAGUACUCUCAGCCUCUAUUGACUCAAUUCAAGGCAUGUUUAUGGAAACAACAUUGGUCUUACUGGAGGAAUCCACAGUACAAUGUCAUCAGAUUUUUCAUGACAACGGUCAUUGGAAUUAUAUUUGGCGUCAUUUUCUGGGACAAAGGAGGAAAAUUUGAAAAACAGCAGGACCUUUCAAAUCUUAUGGGAGCAAUGUAUGCUGCUGUUCUAUUUCUUGGAGGAACAAACACUUCUGCUGUACAAUCUGUUGUAGCUAUCGAGAGAACAGUGUUCUAUCGUGAAAGAGCAGCAGGAAUGUUUUCAGCCUUGCCAUAUGCUUUUGCUCAGGUGACUGUGGAAACAAUCUAUGUCGGGAUCCAAACAUUCCUUUACAGCCUAAUCCUUUACUCGAUGAUUGGAUUCGAGUGGCAAGCUGACAAGUUCUUCUGGUUCUACUACUACGUGUUCAUGUGCUUCGUCUACUUCACACUCUAUGGAAUGAUGCUUGUAGCCCUCACUCCAAAUUACCAGAUAGCAGCAAUUGUCAUGUCUUUCUUCCUCAGCUUCUGGAACCUCUUCUCUGGUUUCCUCAUUCCUAGGAUGCAAAUUCCAAUAUGGUGGAGGUGGUACUACUGGGGUUCACCAGUUGCAUGGACAAUAUAUGGUCUCAUCACAUCUCAACUGGGAGACAAAACAGAACUUGUUCAUAUUCCUAGUCAUGAUGGUACUCCCACCUAUAUUCAACUGAAGGAUUACCUCAAACAAUACUUGGAUUAUGAUUAUGACUUUCUUGGAGCUGUUGCUGCUGCUCAUCUUGCUUGGGUGCUUCUUUUUUUCUUUGUGUUUGUUUAUGCCAUCAGAGUUCUCAACUUCCAAAAGAGAUAAAAGACAAGAAAAUACCUUACAAUAACAUGUUGUAUUGUUCUUUUUUCUUCAUCACUAUUUAAGGGAAAUAAU